GCUCUGGAAGAUGAACAAGUUUUGGAGUCCCCACCCACCACACAAGGUUCCCAAGGCUUGGACCUUGUUGUUUUUAAAGUGCAGUUGAGGAGGGGGACAGGUCUGCCUGGGUGGCAUUUCAGGACCUGGUGGCUUAGUGUCACAGGACUGUAACAAAAGAUUGCUAGGAUUGAAUUAAAGGAACCCUGCUCUAAGACCUUCACGUUAAUAGAGCUUAGACUGCAGGAGCUGAUCAUCAGAGAAAAAUGACCCAGACACAAUUUAUCUGAGUUGCAUCAGGAGGUGCUUUCAGUGCUGAGUGGGAUUCUUUGAGCAACUAUUUGAUUCUAACUGACCAGUAGGACCAUCCUGAAGGACCUUCAGCGGAAAGAGGGAGAUGGGUGCACUGAGCUCCAGCCACCUGGGUGAGAGACAGGGCCAGUACCUGAGAGGCCAGACAGCUGCUUUCCUGAAUCACUUCAUGCCAUAUUACCGAAGGCAACUUGCUAUGACCUUCCUGAAGCAAAUCUCAACUGAGCUGACACCCCAGGGGCAGACAGGAUUCCAGCUACUGAAGAGUGAAAGACCUCCCCGAGCCGUGAUACACGAGGGGAUCCUGACCCACCUGCAAGGGAGCUCCCCAAAGUGGAGGGAAAGUUAUUGUGUCCUGCGUGGAAACUACUCUCUAGAGUGGUUUGGCAGUAAAGAGGUAAAUGUAUUCAUCUUGUUCUCUGCGGGGGCGUGCCAAACACCACUGGCAAUGCUGAUGCCCAGCUGAAUGCUUGAUUCUAGACCCCUUUGCAGUCAGUUUUUUGUAGAGGCAGAAGCGAAAAGAAUAUUGAGCUUGGACCUGGGGGAAACUCUGGAGCCAUGUCAGAGUUGGAGUCAGAGUCAAUGUGCAUUUAUUAUGUACUUACUAUGUGCCAGGCACUGUGCUAAGUACCAACAGUGCCUACUUUUUUUUUAAACCCUUACCUUCUGUCUUGGAAUCAAUACUGUGUAUUGGU